CCGGCAGUACACCUCCCAGCUACAGCCGACAGUACCUCCCAGCUACAGCCGGCGGUACACCUCCAGCUACAGCCGGCAGUACACCUCCCAGCUACAGCCGGCAGUACACCUCCCAGCUACAGCCGGCAGUACACCUCCCCAGCUACAGCCGGCGAGUACACCUCCCAGCUACAGCCCGGCGGUACACCUCCAGCUACAGCCGGCCAGUACACCUCCCAGCUACAGCCGGCAGUACACCUCCCAGCUACAGCCGACAGUGCACCUCAGCUACAGCCGACAGUACACCUCCAGCUACAGCCGGCAGUACACCUCCCAGCUACGGCCGGCAGUCACACCUCCCAGCUACGCCGACAGGUACAGUACACCUCCCAGCUACAGCCAGCAGAGUACAGUACACCUCCCAGCUACAGCCGGCAGAGUACAGUACACCUCCCAGCUACAGCCGGCAGAGUACAGUACACCUCCCAGCUACAGCCGUGCAGGAGUACAGGUAGGUACACCUCCCAGCUUAUCAGCCGGCAGAGUACAGUACACCUCCAGCUACAGCCGGCAGUACACCUCCAGUACAAGUGCACCUCCCAGCUACAGUCGUACAGUACACCUCCAGCUACAGCCGGCCCAGGACAGUGCACCUCCAGCUACAGUCGGCAGAGUGCAGUACACCUCCAGCUACAUCGGUACAGUACACCUCCCAGCUACAGCCGGCAGUGCACCUCCCCAGCCUGGCCAGGCCGGUGCACCUCCCAGCUACAGCCGACGGCCUCCCAGCUACGGCCGAGUACCUCCCAGCUACAGCCGGCAGGUGCACACCUCCCAGCUACAGCCGGCAGAGUACAGUACACCUCCCAGCUACAGCCGGCAGGUACAGUACACCUCCCAGCUACAGCCGGCAGGUACAGUACACCUCCCCAGCUACAGCCGGCAGGUGCAUUACACCUCCCAGCUAAAGCCGAUCAGCAGUACACCUCCCAGCUACAGCCGGCAGAGUACAGUACACCUCCCAGCUACAGCCCGACGAGUACAGUACACCUCCCAGCUGGCCGGCAGGCAGUACACCUCCAGUACAGUACAGUACCUCCCAGCUACAGCCGGCAGGCUGACAGGCAGGAGGUACACCUCCCAGCUGGCCGACCAGUGCAGUGCACCUCCCAGCUACGGCCGGCCCGGGUGCAGUACCUCCAGCUACGGCAGUGAGUGCAGUACACCUCCAGCUACAGCCAGACGGCAGUACACCUCCCAGCUACAGCCGGCCGAGUGCACCCUCCAGCUACAGCCGACAGUACACCUCCCAGCUACAGCCGGCAGUGCACCUCCCAGCUACAGCCGGCAGUACACCUCCCAGCUACAGCCCGUGCACCUCCAGCCUACUGUGACCGACGGAGCAGUGCACCUCCCAGCUACAGCCGCAGGUGCAGUGCCUCCCAGUACAGUACACCUCCAGCUACAGCCGGCAGUACCUCCCAGCUACAGCCGCGGGUACAGUGCCUCCCAGCUACGGCGGCAGUACCUGCCUCCAGCUGCAGCCGACCAGUGUGCACCUCCCAGCUACAGCCGACCAGUGCACCUCCCAGCUGACCCAGUACACCUCCCAGCUACAGCCGGCAGGUACACCUCCCAGCUACAGCCGGCGAGUACACCUCCCAGCUACAGCGGCAGUACACCUCCAGCUACAGUCGGCAGUGCACCUCCCAGCUACAGCCCGGCAGUACACCUCCCAGCUACAGCCCGUAAGUGCACCUCCCAGCCUGACCGGCAGGUGCACCUCCCAGCUACAGCCGGCAGUACACCUCCCAGCUACGGCCGACGGUGCACCUCCCAGCUGACCCUGGUGCCUCCAGCGGUACGGUACACCUCCCAGCUGACCAGGCCGGUGCAGUACACCUCCCAGCUACAGCCAGACCCCUGGCCAGGCAGUGCCUCCAGCCUGACCGACGGUACCUCCAGCUACGGCCUGACGGUGCACCUCCAGCCUGACCCGACGGUACACCUCCAGCCCGGCCCGACCCGGUGCACCUAUCCCAGCUACGGCCAGCCGGAGUGCAAUUGCACCUCCCAGCUACAGCCAAGCAGUGCAGGUGCCUCCCAGCCUGACCAGCGGUACACCUCCAGCUGGCCGACGGAGUGCAGUCACGCCUCCAGCCUGACCAGCGGUGCCUCCCGGCUGGCCGACGAGUGCAGUGCCUCCCGGCGUGGCAGGUGCAAUUUUGCCUCCCAGCCUGACGGCGGUGCACCUCCAGCUGGCCAGGCAGUGCCAGCCUGA